AUGUGGAUGUGGAAGAUCCAGGAACCAGUACCCUUCUCCUCCAAAGUCAAGAGCCUCGGCGUCAUCCUGGACAACACCCUCUCAUUCGCACCCCAUAUUCACAACAUCACCCGGACUGCAUUCUUCCACCUCCGCAACAUCGCCAGACUCCGCCCAUCUCUGACCCAAUCCAGCACUGAAAUCCUAGUUCACUCAUUUGUCACAUCACGCAUAGACUACUGCAACGCCCUCCUCACCGGACUCCCCACCAAACUCAUCAACAGACUGCAGAUCAUUCAGAACUCAGCCGCCCGGAUCAUCACCCGCACCAAAUCAUCUGACCACAUCACCCCUGUCCUCAUUCAACUUCACUGGCUCCCAGUACACUACCGUAUCCAAUACAAAACCCUACUCCUCACCUACAAAGCUCUCCACAACCUAGCCCCCAGUUAUCUCUGCGACCUCCUCCAAGAAUACACUCCCUCCCGCUCCCUCCGCUCAACCUCUGCUGGACUACUAUGUAUCCCCACAUCACGACUCACUACAAUGGGUGCCCGGUCAUUCAGCUGUUCAGCACCCAGGCUCUGGAACUCCCUCCCCCCACACAUAAAACAGUCAGACACCAUUACAACCUUCAAGUCACAACUCAAAACUCACCUGUUCAAACUCGCACACAACGUCUAACUGAUCACUGUUUUGAUUGUUUUUUUGUUUUUUUUGUUUUGAUUUGUCUUGUUUUUGUUUUUUUUAUUUCUUAUUGCUUAUGUUUAUUUAUUUAUUUAUUUAUUUUUUCCACAAUGUCUUGUUUUUUAAAAAAUGUAUGAUGACUAUAUGCUCUGUAAGGUGACCUUGGGUGUCUUGAAAGGCACCUCUAAA